UGUAGCUCCGAUGGGACCCCUAGCCUGGGAACCUGCAUAUGCCACGGGUGCGGCCCUAAAAGGACAAAAAAAAAUUAUCUAUUUUUAAGGAGAUCAUACAAGUAAAAUAUACUGCAUUUGUGUAAUAAAGAUAUUUAUUCACUGGAAACAUUUAACUUCAUGUAAUAAACACUUAUUGAGCAUAAACUAUGUGACAGGUACUGGGAAAACUGGACUAUUACAUUUUAUUGCGAAAAGCAGAAAAUAAACACAGAAGUGUAAAAAAAAAUAAUGUCAAGGAGUGACAUGCAUUAUGAGUUAUGAGGACGGUUUAAAGAGGGUUGAGGGCUAGAGAGUGAUCCAGACGGGGGUGAUGGAGGCUGUAGGGAGGGGUUAGGAAGCCUUUCGGAGAAAAUCUUGUUUGGACAGAGCAAUGAAUGAAGUGAGGGAGGAAGCGAUGGGAGGUCUGCGUGGCAUGUAUACUAGGCUCCAGGCUCCAGAAAUACAAAAUGGUUCAGCAUUCAUCACCUAAGUAACAGGGGUUUGGGUGGGGUUUUUUGUUGUUGUUUGUUUUGUUUUAGGCAUGCAGAAGUUCCAGGGCCAGGGAUCAAACCUGCAGCUACGGCAGUGACCUGAGCCACAGCAGUAACAACACCAGGUCUUUAAUCCACUGAGCCACCAGGAAACUCCUAAAUACACUUUUACAUCCCUAGGAAUUCACAGUAACUUUCGCUGUCCAUUGAUCAGCUACUGUACCCUUCUGAAAGCACACGUUUUGUAUAUGUGCUAUUUUAGACUCAGAAUAUUAAUAUUUAAUACAGAUUUGCAUGGUGUUUUCUAAGUAACAAUGGCCAGGUCUACAGCAAUUAAUGAUGUUUUUAAAACCUACUGUUUUGAGGAUGUUGUGUCAUGUAGUCUAAAUAAAAUCCAAUAAUUUACUAAUAUAUAGGCGGAUUCAAGAGGCUUUGGAAAAGGAAAUAUGGUUCCCAGAAGUACUUACACAAUUUCCUGAAUGGUGAAUGGUAAUUAUAAUUAGAUUUUUCCCUUAGAGUUGCCUCUAUACAGGGUUUUCUUUUUUUCUUCUGGGUGAAAGCAUAGUGUUGGCAUCAUAACUAAAAUAGAAUUUUCAACAGAACUUGGCUAUUUUCUGUCAGAAAGUGUGGGUGUAUCCUCCAAGUCAGGAGGUGUCAGCCAAGGUUUUACAACAGGCAGACAGCAAGGUAAGACCCAAGACAUUUACUAAAUAGCUAAAAUGUUCACAUUUACAAAUUGUCCAGUUUUUUAAAGGAAUACAAGGAAUUAAUAUCUUCUCUUUAAGAAAGUAAGUUCUCUAACACUUGCUGGCAUUUAGUUGCAGUGCCAUGUGCUUGCCUGCUGGAGAGACUGCAUUAAUACCUGUUUACACAGCUUGGCUGAGAAGCAGUUUACUAACACACCAUAGUGAAGGUCUGAGCGCCUCUGGAAGUGAGGUCAGCGAGGUAGAUUCCAAGAACUUUUGUGGUAACUGUGGAGACGGGGAAACCAACACUCCAUGAACAUGAGCCUCAGCUCCCCGAUGUCUGCUCCUCAGUUUGAGAGCAAAAGCAGCCAUAUUUCAGCUAGAAAUGGAAACUGUUUCCUAGUCAGACACACCCCUCAUCCCAGAAGGGUCUGCCACAUCAAAGGUUUGAAUAACAUUCCAAUCUGUAAUGUGAAUGAUGAUGAGAACGCAUUCAGAACAUGGUGUGGUGUUGGUCAGUUGAACCCCUCAGAGAAGGGUGAGACACCAUUUGCCAAAUGCAGUUACCCACCCAGCACUGUGGCCCUCGAGAGCCCUGGGAGAGGAGUCUCACCAGCCCCAAACAAGGUCCAAGUACCCCCACGGCCUCAUUCUGAGCCCUAUCGAAAAAUCGGGGAGUGCUUCAAAACUUCCAGUGAGAAUCCCUUAGUAAUUAAAAAGGAAGAAAAUAAGGUAAAAAAUCCAGUGUCACCUCCAAAAGCAUGCUCUACUGCGAGCUCUUGUUCUUCAGAGGUGAUGAGUACCAAGACUGACGUCAAAGAUAACACCAUUUGCAUACCAAACUACCUGGAUCAGGAAAUCAAAAUUCUGGAAAAGCUCUGUUACAUUUUACGUACUGAUUCUCUGGCAGAAGUUCUACAGUGGCUGCUUAAUGCACGUACAAAAGAAAAGGAAUGGGUCUCUGCGUUGAUUCAUGCUGAGCUGGCUGAGAUAAACUUAUUAACUCACUUAAGAAGAAACACCUCAGCAGAACGAGCAGCAAAGACUGGGAAGCCACCCAAAGUUAAAUCGCCCCCAAAUACACCAGCAAAAUCAAAAGUCACCAGAUCUAGGGAAGGACAUCAACAGAGCAGAGGCUGAGCACAAGCCUCCAUUGUUUAUAAGAAGAAAUAAGAUGAAAAUACCUGUUACAGAGUAUUUCAGCAAACCCAAGUCUCC